CGCAAAUGGAUGGACGAGGUGAGGUUCCGCUAAAACCUCGUUGCUUCCCGUGGGGUUUUCUUGGCUUUGCUUUCUUCUCUUUUCCUUUCUACACUUUGUACCUGUUGCCACCAACCAUCAACCUCUCAUUAUCUUGUGUUUUUCUUUCUUUCCUGUAUCGUGCGGCAGGCCGUCAAAUCUUUUCGCGUGUGUGCUGUGUGUAAUAUCGAUACCUCUAUUAUCCUUACAAUCUCUUUGUCCAUCUUCCAACUCAAUCAAGAGCAGGCCGGGUUACUUCCUUUUUCUUUUUCUUGGCAUCUUUGAGAAGUUUACUCUUCACCGCCAAGACACAAAACACAAAGCCAAAAUGAUGGAACCAACCAAGGAGAGGCACGACUAUGCCAACAUUGACGAGCACGACGAUGGUCGCUCGAGCACAGAGGUGGAUGAGUCACUGAUGGGAAUGGAUGAGGAGAAGCACUACAGCCGCCGAGACCACAUGCUACCGUCGAGGAGGCCAAAGACGCUCGCAGCCAAGCUGCUUGCGCCCUUCAAGUCCGGCAGGUGGCUGAUCGACACGGCGCUUCUGCUCGUCAUUAUCGGUCUGUUGGUCAAGGACAAGUGGAAGGAGGUGGGAAACCCGUGGCAAAUCGGAGGUGACAUCACAGGUGUUGGCCCGAAAUUCUCGUCACAAAUACAGACGUUCCACGUCGACCAGUCCUUCGCACCAUCAAACACAUCCGAGUUCUUCUCGGACGAGGUGUUGGCGCGAUGGAACUCGUUGAUGCCCCGGGGUAUGGGCUUCCAGUGGGUUAACGACACGCACAAGUACCAUGACCUCCCGACGCCCAUCGUCUGGGACGAGGGCAUGACCGUCUUCACCACCUCGGUGACGCACAACCUUCACUGCCUGUUCGCCAUCGUGCAGACCUACUCCGGCCUCAAGUCAGGCCACGAGCUGCCCGACGACCACCACUGGCACAUGAUUCACUGCUUCGACUACAUGAGGCAGGCAAUCAUGUGCUCGGCCGACAUGGCUCUCGAGGGUCUUGAGACCACCUUCCCCGACCACAACGGCGGUUCCGACGGCUGGGACUCCAAGCACGUCUGCAAGGACUGGAGCCAGGUCAAGGGCUACCUUGAGAGCGUGCGGGCUUACGACGAUAAGCUUAUUUACUAGGCCGUCGUUGAUUUUCUUCAGGAUUGAUUUUGAGAAAAUAGAGAGGGUUUAAAAAAAACACCAUGUUGCUCUGGUAGCUUUUUUUUCGAUAAUAAUACCACUUACGCGAAAUGUUCACGAUA